AUGACAGAAGAAAUGAAAACUAUCAAAAAUGAUCAGAAAGAGCUAGAAUCUAACGUGUGUUCUCUGGGCAAUUUAUUUGAUUCAGUAAAGGACGCAGUAGGAUCCAACACGAAGCAGAUAAGUGAAAACCGCAAGGAGCUGGUUGAAAUCAGAGAGGGAAAAGGUCAGCAAGAUCAGAAGACCAGGGAAGAUAUACAGACAUUGAAUGAGGCAAGUGUCAACCUACGGGAAUCGAUGAUUGAUCUCAAAGCUCGCUCCAUGAGGGACAACUUGAUAUUCAGUGGUAUAUGGGAAGAGAAAAACGAAGACACCGAAGCAGUGUUACAAGAAUUUAUUUACCGCAAAUUCAAGCCUGGUUACGAAAUUUCGUUUGAGAGAGUCCAUAGGAUGGGGAAGUGGAGCGAAUUUAACGAAUACCCCCGCAAUAUAGUGGCUAAGUUCUCUUUCUUUAAAGACCGAGAGUUCAUACGGACACGUGCACCCCAGAAGUUAAGCGGCACUCGCAUCUGGGUCAAUGAGCAAUACCCCCCAGAGAUCGAAGAAAAAAGGAAGAAGUUAUAUCCCGUCCUCCGACAAGCCAGGAAGGAUCACAAAAAAGUCAAACUUGUUCGGGACACUUUAUACGUAGACGGCAAAGUUUACACUCCACCGCCUGAUCAGCCUCAUCGAUUCGUGACCAGACAGGGGAAGCAGGACAGGAUCAACACUGACCGACAGGCCGUUUUUAGAUCCGAGUGGAACAGUGAAUCCGCCCCUGAUCACAUCAACAGAACACCAAAUGACCGCAAUUUAAAGAGAGCACGAGUAUCAUCAACUCCAGACAAGUAG